UACUUGUAAAGCUCACUCGAAGACCACCAUGGAAGCGUCGUCAAACAAGGGUCUAUUGUAUUUCACUGUUGCGGCUGUAUCGUUGGUGACUCUGUGGAAACUGCAGAGACGACAGAAUCGCCUUGGUGCUGGAUCGCAAAGAGAUUCUGUUCAUCAAGACGAAGUCGACAUGCAGUACUUGAGAUCCUGUCACAUAUUACGUCUUCAACUGUCACCACCGGCACAAAGCAAUUUUCGUGUGGUAGCCUUGCUGCUUCUGGAGGAUGGAUCUGUCGUUGCCGGAACCAACGAUGAACCCUCCCCAAACAUCUCGUUGGCCAUGUGCGCUGAACGGUGUGCUUUCUUGAGAUAUCGAGUCCAGCAAUGUUCCAGCCCUGUUCAAACCGUGUACAUUGUCACCGAUGCCAACACACCCGUCUCACCAGGGACAGCUUGUCGGGAGUACAUGUAUUGUCACCAUGCUACCCGACCGACCACUCGCAUUGUAAUGCAAUCGAAAGAACCUCAGUCAGAUCCCUUGUGCUUGAAUCUUUCGGAUCUCCACCCCUUCCCAUCUAUCUACGCAGGGCUCACUCCAGAAGAGCAAAUGAAAUUUGGGCGGACACUACAAUCAUCCAUUCAGCAGCAAGUAGAGCAACUGCAAGUUACUGGAUUGUCUCAUACUCAGAUGUCCAAUCUGAUACAAGCCGCACAAAAUGCCUCUCAGCAGGACAUUCGAGAUUCAUUGCAUGCCAUGCGCUAUGGGGCUGCCGUUGCCAUUGUUGAUUGUUCUGCUGGAACUACCACCGGUAGUACAGAUCCUCCACAAAUAUAUAUUGUGCAGGCCCCACAAAUCAAAGCACUGGAAUACGGCUGCACGUUGGAUGCUGCGUGUCAGUUGGCGUCUCAGAUCCUUGUCAACAAAAAGGCGCGUCCCGUGGCGGUUGUCCUAGUGGACCAGUUUGGAAUCCCUCAUGGUCUCUUUGCACAAGCUCGCGCUUUCUUUGUGGAACAUGGGUUUGGUGACUGCAUGGUUAUCGUAACAAGAGUGGACUCUACUAGUAGUCAAGCUCCAGAGAAGAAGGCCACAGUUCAGUGUGUUCCUGCGAGAGAACUGGCUCCGUUCGUUCCAGAAUUUCGAUCCUAGACGACGACAACAAGUUUCCAAAGAGAGGCCGUGAUCGGCUACUAGUAGCAAGUAACAAAAAACCUGAGCAGAACAGUACAGGAAAAGCAGGGAGGGGGAAGUCAACAAAACGUACUAGUAGAACGCAGAUUCUAAGAAAACAAAUUACACCGUCAAUCAAGCCUCAAGUUGUUGUAGAAGUCGGGUUUGAGAAGGGCGCUACCAUCAGUAACCCAUAAAACGGUAGCUGGCACGAGCCCUGGCGUGGAUUUGCCAAAGAACGAAGCGCACCAAUCACAGCUCCUAGCUAGAUCAUCAAAACAUGUAUAAUAUUGUAUAGUAGGUUAUCAAUAGUGUUUAUAGUUCAUAGUAUGUAUAUUUUGCGGCCAUGGAAUAAGAGAG